AUGGCGAAAUCCAAGAACUCGUCUCAGCACAACCAGUCGAAGAAGGCUCACCGUAACGGUAUCAAGAAGCCUAAGACCAACCGAUACCCGUCGCUGAAGGGAACCGACCCCAAGUUCCGACGCAACCACAGAUAUGCUCUCCACGGCACACAGCGAGCCCUGAAAGAGAAGAAGGAAGGCAAGCGGGAGACGGUCUGA